AUAUUCGCCAAUAAUAAACCGGAAGCAAUGUGUUAAAUUCAAGAUGGCGUCGAUGGGGAAAGUUGUUUUGUUUGCGAUUUCGCUUUUUGUAAUUUUCGUACAAAUAAUGGCAGGACGUGACUUCUACAAAAUUCUUGGUGUUUCCAAGAGAGCAACUACAAAUGAAAUCAAGAAAGCUUACAGAAAACUUGCAAAAGAAAUGCAUCCAGAUAAGAAUAGAGGUGAUCCGGAUGCUGAACAGAGGUUUCAGGACCUAGGAGCAGCUUAUGAAGCUUUAUCAGACUCUGACAAAAGAAAGGUUUAUGACAAACAUGGAGAAGAAGGUCUAGGCAAGAGUAAUAUGGACGGAGGUGAUGUAUUUAGCAGUUUUUUUGGCGGUGACUUUGGAUUUUUUGGAGGUGGACAUCACGAAGAUAAUGACAGUCCUAAAGGUGGUGAUGUAGUCAUGGACUUGGAAGUUACAUUAGAAGAAUUAUAUGCUGGUAAUUUUAUAGAGGUUCUAAGAUAUAAAUCAGUUGCUAAGCCGGCUAAAGGUACAAGGAAAUGUAACUGUCGUACAGAGAUGGUGACAACACAGUUAGGUCCGGGACGAUUCCAGAUGCAGCAGCAACAAGUUUGUGACGACUGUCCUAAUGUCAAGUUUGUACCAGAGGAGAAAAUGUUAGAGAUUGAGAUAGAGCCUGGUAUGAGAGAUGGACAAGAAUAUCCUUUUGUUGCUGAAGGUGAGCCACAUAUAGAUGGUGACCCAGGAGAUCUUAGAUUUAAAAUUAAACAGCAAAAGCAUGCCAGAUUUGAGCGUAGAGGGGAUGAUUUAUAUACAAAUGUAACAAUCACAUUGGUGGAUGCUAUGAUUGGUUUUGAAAUGGAUAUUCCUCAUUUAGAUGGCCAUACUGUACAUAUAGUUCGAGAUAAAAUUACUUGGCCUGGUGCCAAAAUGAGGAAGCCUCACGAAGGGAUGCCUAAUUACGACAACAAUAAUGUUAAAGGCAAUUUAUUUUUAACAUUUGAUAUAGAUUUUCCGAAAGGAACAUUAACUGAAGAGCAAAGAGAAGCUCUUCGAAAACUUUUAGAUCAAGAAUCAAAACAGCGAAUAUACAAUGGUUUACAAGGAUACUGAUCCUUAGGGCAUUUAGGUUAAUUUUACAUCUUUAGGUUCUUUGUUCAUCUUUAGGUUACAUUGUCACCAUUUUCAAAUAAUUUCUAUUUUUAGCAUCAGAUGUUUAUUGCUUUAAUAUGACAAAUUGAAAUUUUUUAUUACCAGAUAAUAUCAUAAUUUAAGUAAAAGAGGUCAAUAACUAUUUUAAAGUUACAUAUACGCCUUUGAAUGAAAUGAGAUAUAUACUAAUGAAGGUACACUCUAGUGCUAAAAAUAGAUUUUAUUGUUUAUUUUUAGAAUGCUUAUGUGUUAUUGUUAAAAGAAUCUGUCUGUGAAUGUGGGUAAAAUAGGAGGGAAUAUUUUGACUGUACCUGUCACUAAUAUUUGUUUACAAAUGUUUCAUAACAUUUUUGUUGCUAAUUUUGUAAACGAGAGGGGAGAUUUAUAUAUAUUUCUUUCUUUCUGUUGUAUGAUACUCAAAAUUUAAUGU